AUGAACUCGCUACAGUUUUCUUUGGAUGGGCGGAGCUCGUUGUACACAGUUAGUCCAUCCAAGACGAUAUCACUUGACAGCACGGACUGGGCACCGCAUGAAGUCCUUGGUUCGUGGAUUCUUGAGCACUGUCAGUUGGAAAACAUGCAGCGUGAAGCAGCUCUAGAGGAUCGUGAAGAUAUUAGUGCUCGUCUGAAAGCCUGUGAGGAGCAAAUUGAUGCUGCCAUUGAGAAACUCACCUUCUCGGGGCCCAUGUUCACUCCGCCAGACCACCGUAUGAAUCAACUCUUCCCAAGUAAGGCACUCAAGAAGAACUUGGGGGAGAGGUUCUGUCCGAAUUUGUGUCACCCCGAACCUAGAUCGCCUAAGUACCCAGCACGGCUUGAGCAAAAGUCUCUGAAAACAUCAGAGCUUUUGAAGGAGCUGCAAAGUCCGGCUCUGGAAUACGAUACGACAGACUGCUCGAGCACAGCCACUCUCUGUGAGCUAGACUCGUUCAAUUCUACUCAAGCCGACAGUACAGUCCAUAAAGAGUGUGAUGCAGAGCUUCUUUCUGCGUCAAGACUGGACUUGAAGAAUUUUGUAAGGGUUCGUGAGAUUCCCGAAUGUGACGAUAGUAGCCUCAUGCUAUGGGCAGAGUCCUCUGGUGUCUUCAAUGGCAUCUCAUCCGUGCCCAGCCGUACGGUAGCAUCUGAAGCAGCUCGAAAACAGAGGCUCCACGAUGCGGCAGUAGCAUCUCGCGACUCAUCUAGAGUGUGGUGGGUGAACGUUAAGGACAGUAACCACGUUCCUGAGUUCGAAUCGUCUUCAAUUGACAAGCUAGGAACAGUCGAGGUCGAAUACAAGCUUUCGUCUGAGCCUCCAGGGCUGCGAGUACAUUUUGAAGAAUCAGAGCCCGAGAAAAAUGAGAAGAUUUGGCAGCGGCGAGGCGUCAAUCCGCCUAAUCCUAUUGAGACCGACGUUCGCAAGCCGGGCACGUUAUUAACCGUGAAAGUCAAACCCGACCGUUCUGGCCCGGCGCCAGCACUGCGAAAAGCGUCAAACUCCGUGAAAGCGUCCAAGCACGGUAAUGCAUUAAGCACUCUUGCGUUUAAAAUGCGACAAUUGACAAAAAGUAAGUAG